CGAGCGCGCCAUGCGCGGCAAAAACGAUGUCACCGUGCACGGUACGACCACGUUGACCGGCGAGUGCGAGCACAGGCCCGGCAAAAACGAUGUCACCGGGCCGUGCACGGUACGACCACCAGCUUGACUGACGAGUAAUGUACACAGGCCCGGCAAAACGAUGUCACCCUGCACGGAAAACCGGCAAAAUCCCUCAUUUUUCGUUCGUUUCACCAUUGGUUCAGAGGCACAGGCUCAUGAAAAACUCCAGAGUGCUUGCGAAGUAGCCCGACUUAAAAGGAAGUUGGCUCGUCCCCUACAAUGGCUGGAGAUAUUUCCAUCAAAAACUUGAUGAGCACGUUCAGCGUGUGCUGUCCAUUGGACUUGAAGAAAAUUGGCAUGGAAGGAAUCAAUGUGGAACACAAAAAUGGGAUAGUUCACAAGAGGUUUCGCAAUCCCAAGGCAACAUGCACAAUAUAUUCGUCAGGAAAGGUGUCCAUUAUGGGAAAUAAUAGUGAAGAAGAUGCCAAGAAAACAGCGAGACAGUGUGCCCGAAUGCUACAGAAGCUAGGUUUCCGGGUCCGCUUGAACAACUUUAAAGUAGUCAACAUGCUUGGGACCUGCACUAUGCCUUUUGGCAUCAAGCUAGCCCAGUUUGCUAAGAAGCAACCUCGUGACAAAGCUGACUAUGAGCCUGAGCUUCAUCCAGCCGUCACAUACAGACUGAAAUCCCCACGAGCAACGUUGAAAAUCUUCUCCACAGGUAGCAUCACGGUCAUAGCACCUUGUGUUGAAAACAUCUCCCAAGCUAUAAAGCAAAUCUACCCGCUAGUGGAGCCCCACUCAACCAAACUACAAGAGGAUGUCAUCGCCAAGAAAAAGAUGAAAAAAGUAAAGAAACAGACACGAAGGAAGCUCGAAGACAGCGAAAACACUGGCGGCGGAAAGGGGAGUAGGGGGGGCACUAGCUCCCGCAAGGACAACAAAAGCAGGGCCCCUCUUGGGGUUAUAAACUAAAGUGCCCCUCAAAUGCACAUGUCAUGUCAUGUCCCCCCCCCCCCCCCCUCCCCCCAUAGCUAUACAGCGCUGGUAAGAGACCAUGUUGACUGCAACCUAUUAUUUUUAACUCGCUUUGCGUUCAUAUGCGAUGCCAUGUGCGUGACCUAUGACCCGCAUUGUAAUGAUAGAUAGUUUGUUCAAGCCAGAGGGCGCUAUAUUCAUUUUUACCAUACUUGUCAUCAUUUUGCAACGUACAUGUUCAGUUUUCGUCACAAAUUCAGUCAACUUUCGCCAUUUUUCUUUGAUACUAGGACAGCUCAGCAAAGUGAGUAAUUGACUUUGUUUCAUCUUUGUAUAAGGACAUUUAUAGAAAUGAUUUUUGAUAUAUAAGUUGCAUAAAAAUGAGGAUUUUUUGCGAUAAAUGAUUGCCUUGGAAAUAUAUCGAAGCCGUUGGUACGGUGGCGCUGUUUAUAUAAGCCGUUUUCAUGCCAUUUAUAAUUUCUCGCCAAAGAUUUCAUUUAACUUUAUAAUUAUAUCAGAUAAAGCCACGUUUUUAUAGAUAAUUUUACCAAGUUAUAUGGAGUGUAUACUCAAGCGCAGAUUUAUAUAUAGAAAUGUUUUAAGAAGAUUUUACACGUUCAUGUAUUGAGUGAUUUUUGUUAGUGAUUUUUCCCUUUAUUCAUGUUAUUUAGUUGAACCGUACAUGUACCAUACUUUAUAAAUAACAUCAUAAUAACAUCAUAAUUGUAAUUGUAUUGUAAUAUUUUAUUAUACAUUGUAUAUUGUUUGGCUUUAUAAAUAUCUGGGAUUAUUUUGAACGGAAAGAGGCGCAGGAUUACUUUUUCACUUGACCUCAAGCCAGGCGGGUUGAAGCCAUCACCCUUAGGCAUUUCCGGCCUCGCUCGCUGCAAGCGGGUUGCUGACAGUUAUAUCUAGCGUGUUAAUCCGUCAUCCGUUCCGAAUACCGCAAAACUUUUGCGGGUAUACACGUCAUCCGGCGUGAACUGGUUAAAAUUAAAAGCAAAAGGUACAAAAUACACGAAGUAAGGUGUGGAAUUACUGGAGGUAAUUAAAAUCAGCCACACCGCUGAAGACUGACCGAUCAGUUUUGUUGGUGGGAUCAUAAAUAUUCAUAAGGUAUAAUUAUUAAAAUACAAGCGUUCUUCUUAAGCGUUAACAUAUGUUAUUAUGUAUUGAUAAUAAAAUUAAUUGUAUUAAAAUGUUCGGAAAUUCUUGCCUUUGUGAA